AUGUUUAAGUUACGGAGAAAGAGUAACAAGAUUAAAGCUGUAUUCAAACUGCAAUUUCAGGCAACUCAGGUGCCAAAUAUGAAAAAGUCUGUACUGAUGGUAGCUUUGGUGCCGGACGAUGUUGGGAAGCCAACGGUGAAACUAGAGAAAGUUGCUGUCCAGGAUGGAACCUGUUUAUGGGAGAAUCCAAUUUUUGAAUCAGUUAAACUCGCUAAGGACACAAAAUCAGGAAAACUUCAGGAGAAAAUCUACCAUUUUAUUGUUUCAACUGGAUCUUCAAAAUCUGGCUUUCUUGGAGAAUCCUCGAUUGACUUUGCUGAUUUUGCUGCAGAAACUGAGCCACUGACUGUGUCCCUACCUCUAAAGUUUGCGAAUUCAGGCGCAAUCCUGCAUGUGACAAUUCAGAAUGUGGAAGGGGUUCAUGCAGAUCAAAGGUGAAAAAGAACCAUGCAGCCAGUUAAUUUA